GUUUCCUGUUCCUCUCAUGAGAAAUAAUAAAUAGUAGAGGAAAAAACUUUCGAUGGAUUUGGUGUUAUUACUGGUACUGGAAUAAAAAAUGACACACACACGGCGCAGACUUUUUCAUACUAUACUUCUCCUCUUCUUUCUCGGGUUUGUUUCUGGAUUCCGCCGCUUUCGGACUUUGGAUCAUUUACAGGCGAAAGCCAGCGAUGAAACCCAAACCAGAGCUGUGCGCGAGCUGCUGGGGAGAUUGUUAGGGGAAACCUCGCGAGAUUUCAUCGUGUCCGUCAACAGCUCGCUGUCACCCCAGGGUCUCGACGUGUGCGAGUUGCAUUCAACGAGAAAUGGCACAGUCGUGGCGGUGGGGAGGAGCGGCGUGGCGGCGGCCGCCGGUGUUUAUUAUUACCUGAAGUACUACUGCCACUGCCAUGUGUCAUGGUCUGGAGAUCAGCUGCGCGUGCCCCGACCUUUACCCCCCGUCACGGGCGUCCUGCGAAUCAGCACGCAGCACAGAUUCAGGUACUACCAGAACGUGUGCACUCAGAGCUACUCGACCGUGUGGUGGGACUGGCCACGAUGGCAACGAGAGAUCGACUGGAUGGCCUUGAAUGGCAUCAAUCUGCCACUGGCUUUCAACGGGCAGGAGGCAGUGUGGCAGGAGGUUUAUGCGUCUCUGGGUCUAAAUCAGACGGAGAUCAAUGACUUCUUUACGGGGCCGGCGUUCCUGGCAUGGAAUCGGAUGGGGAAUCUGUUUGAGUGGGGAGGCCCGCUGCCUCAGUCCUGGCACACCAAACAGCGCUCUCUGCAGGUUCAAAUCUUGGAGCGGAUGAGGUCGUUGGGAAUGAUUCCUGUUCUGCCCGCCUUCUCAGGGAUCGUACCUCGUGGAAUUACACGCUUGUUUCCCAAAGCCAAUGUGACCAAGCUCAGGCCGUGGAGCCAUUUUAACUGCACGUAUUCUUGCGCAUAUGUGCUGGACCCACGUGACCCACUGUUCCUGCGGAUCGGCUCUUUGUUCCUGUCGCAGGUGGUUAAAGAGUUCGGGACAGACCACAUCUACAACACAGACACGUUUAAUGAGAUGACGCCUGCCUCCACUGACCCAGCCUAUCUGACCUCAAUUAGUAGAGCAGUAUUCACCACUAUGACCUCAGUGGACCCACAGGCCAUUUGGCUGAUGCAAGGAUGGUUAUUCAUUAGCAGUCCAGAAUUCUGGAAACCUCCACAGAUCCAGGCUCUUCUCCACGGCGUACCUCAGGGGCAUAUGAUCGUCCUAGACCUCUUUGCAGAGUCCAUGCCUGCUUUUAACUUCACCCAGUCCUUCUAUGGCCAGCCUUUUAUCUGGUGCAUGCUCCAUAACUUCGGAGGCAACAGUGGCCUGUUUGGCACAGUGGAGCGCGUUAACUCUGGUCCUUUCGAAGCUGCAAAGUUCCCUGGUUCCACUCUGGUCGGCUUGGGCAUUGCACCCGAGGGCAUCGAGCAAAACCCAGUCAUCUAUGAGCUGAUGGCGGAGCUGGCAUGGCGCAAAGAAGCAGUCAAUUUAACCCAGUGGGCAACGCUGUAUGCCUUGCGCCGCUAUGGCACCACUAACGAGAGCCUGGCACUUGCCUGGCGCCUGUUGUUUCAGAGUGUGUACAAUUGUACCAUUCCUGGGUACAAGAACCACAACCGGAGUCCCCUGGUGCAUCGACCAUCUCUGAAGAUGCAGACUGAAAUUUGGUACAACCCAGGGGAUGUUUACGAGGCCUGGAAGCUGCUGUUGGGAGCGGCACCUUCGCUAAUUUCUCUUGAUACGUUUCGCUAUGAUCUGGUGGAUGUAACGCGUCAGGCUGUUCAGCUCCUGACAACACUGUUCUAUGAAGAAAUCCGAGAUGCAUUUCAAGCUCAGAAGCUUCCAGAACUCUUGACCGCUGGAGCUGUGCUGACUUACGACCUCUUACCCGAACUGGACGGCCUCCUUUCCAGCGACGCACACUUCCUGUUAGGGGUGUGGCUUGAUCAAGCGCGGUCGCUGGGCACAGACAAACAGGAGGCGGAGCAGUACGAGCUGAACGCCAGGAACCAGAUCACGCUGUGGGGACCUGACGGCAACAUCCUGGACUAUGCUAGCAAAGAGUGGGCAGGGCUAAUGGAGGAUUACUACACGCAGCGUUGGAGGUUGUUCGUCAGAACUCUCAUGAAGUGUGUGGACAGCGGCCAACCUUUCAAACAGGAUGCUUUCAACACGGCUGUGUUCCAAAUCGAGAAAGGCUUCGUCUACAACCGGAAGCGAUACCCCUCAAAACCGAGUGGGGAUACGUACCAAAUCGCUCUGAGGAUGUUUCUCAAAUACUACCCACAUUUUCUGAAGAGGUUAAAAUCAAAAAAUAUGUGAAGCAUAAAAUUGUGCCAUAGGAUGUAUAAUACACUAUAUUGCCAAAAGUUUUGGGAAAUCUGCCUUUACAUACACAUGAAUGUAAUAUGGAGUUGUCUCCCACCCUUUACAGCUAUAACAGCUUCAACUCUUCUGGGAAGGCUUUCCACAAGGUUUAGGAGUGUGUUUAUGGGAAUUUUUGAACAUUAGUCUAGAAGCGCAUUUGUGAGGUCAGGCACUGAUGUUGGACGAGAAGGUCUGGCUCGUAGUCUCCGCUCUAAUUCAUCACAAAGGUGUUCUAUCAGGACUCUGUGAAGUUCCUUCACACUAAACUAAACUCACUCAUCCAUGUCUUUAUGGACCUUGCUUUGUACACUGGUGUGCAGUCAUGUUGGAACAGGAAGGGGUCAUCCCCAAAUUGUUCCCAUAAAGUUGGGAGCAUGAAAUUGUCCAAAAUGUCUUGGUAUGAAGCUGAAGCUGAAGCAUUAAGAGUUUCUUUCACUGGAACUAAGUGGCCGAGCCCAACCCCUGAAAAACAACACCUGAACUCAAUGAUUUGGAGGGGGGUCCCAAAACUUCUGGAAAUAUAGUGUAUAUUUAAAAUCUCAAAGAGUCCUGUUUGCUUCAAAUGAAACUGUAUUUUUGUACCAUGUUGAAUAAAAGACAUUUGUUUUG